GCACAUCCCACCUGCCCUACUCCCGUGACCCGUCGGGCGUCGGCUCUCCCACGCGCAGCCGCCUCACGCAGCGCAUCGCCGCAUCCUCCCGCUCGACCAGCGCCUCCGCCUCUCGUCGGCCGCCGUCCGCUGGCCGCCGUCCGUGAGGCCGCCUCCUGCCAGCCGCCGUCCGCCUCCCGCGGCCACGGGCCGCGAGGCCGCCUCCCGCCGGCUGCAGGCUGCCUCCCGUCGGCCUCCGUCCGCCCGUGAUUACUCCCGUCGGCCUCCGGCGUAAGGAGCCCCAGCCCCUGUUCAGAAUUAGGAGUAAGUAGUUGUGAUCCUGCACUCUUGGUCAGAUGCCGGGUUAUUACGACAUCGAUGAUAUCCUCAUGGAGGAUGAGCCUAUUUCAGUUGUUUUCCAAGUAACUGCAAAUGGUGUUGGCCUGCUAGAUCCUGGCGCUGAAAGUAACUUUGUAGAGAAGGGUGCCAAGGUGGACCUCCCGUUUUGGCUUGCGCAUGGGCUACUGUCUCUGGAACAAGCUGUGUCAAUGAAUCCUCCUCCAUGCUUCACACAGAAAACUCGAAAAGAGAUCCAAGCUGAUGCCGCCUGUGUGGACUUGAGGGUUCGUUGCCCCUACUUUUAUGAGCUAGGAUGCAAGAUUGUUCCUUUGGUGAAUGACAAGAGCAUUGGCAUGUUCUUGCGCUAUGCAUUCACCAGUCGGUACAAAGAGGUUCUAAGCAAGUCUCACAGUUCUUCCACAAUGACAGUGCCCAAGUUUGUACCACGCCUUACCAAAGAAGAAACUCGCGACUCGUUAUGUUUUCGUCAAGUGUUUGAAUCUGCUAGGGAAUCAAUGGCUGCUUUCAAGAAAUGGCGUGCUGGUGGUGUGAGGUUGCAAAAGGCAACCAUCCUUGGCAGGAAGAGGAAGACAAAACUGCCUGAUGGGCCUUCUACUCCCUGAACCCGCAGGUUUAAGGUCUCCAUAGAACGCGGUGCUUCAGCAGUUUACCUGAUAUGUUCAUGUAUGUUCACUGAUUUGAGCUGUAAAGAAAGAAGGCUAACGGCAUUUUUAUAGUUCUUGUAGUCUGAUGCACCUUCGGUGCACAUCUCUUUAGCCUGACAGGACAAACGACAGCAGCUCUGAUCAGUUCAUGGUGUAAGAAAACCGAAUGCUGUUGUAUCACCAUCUACUGUUGGAGUUUCAAGAGUUUGUUUGGAGGGAGCAAAUAUGUAAAGAGUCUGAACUGGGUAUCUAGCAGGCUUUUGCAGUUUCAUGUUUGAGUAUGCUUGGAGGCAGUCUGGGAUAAGUUUAUAGCAUGUUUAAAGUGAAGGAGACCGGGAUGAGAAUGAGUCGAUAAUAAUGCUA